UCCCUGCCCUAAGUUCAGACCAUUUCAAAAUUCAAAUUUGAAAAGAGCGAUAGACAAAGAGAGAAAUGGCAUCGGUGUCCGGAAACAUAAAGGGUUUUUACAGACAGAAGAAAACCACCGCCACCAAAAAAUCUUCCAAAAAAUCUCCGAUUCCCGCCGCGGCCCAAUCACCGGCCCUCAUAUCCCACGGCGGAAAACCCGACCUAGAAGAUGAGUACAAGGAGAGCGAGGUGGCGCUGCGGCAAUUCGACCUGAACAUGGCGUACGGACCUUGCCUCGGGAUGACGCGGCUCGCGCGGUGGGAGCGCGCUCAGAGGCUCGGCUUGAACCCUCCGCAGGAAAUCGAUAGGCUCUUGAAGAGUGGCAAGGUUCAGACUGAGUCCUUGUGGGAUGGUCGCAUUUAGGGUUCCUUUUGUGUAUUUAGGUUUUGCUUAGGAAAUCAGCUUCUGGCUGUGUUCCUUGUUAUUAUGUGACUCUAAACCAAACAUUAAAAAAUUGGUGUUGUUUUCUUGCUUCUGGUUGUUAGUUGUUGUUAUGAAAUCAUGAUUUGCACGGUUAACUCACUGGCUGAUCCCUGCUGUAAUCUGUGUGAAUGUGAGUAUUUCUAAAUUUAUAAAUUGAUGCCUGUCUCUUCACUUUCA